UAGUUUACCACUAGCAUUAAUACUGUUAUUUAAAUUGUCCAUGUUGUUAAUUGUAAUUCAUUUGGGUGUCAAUCAAUGUGAAACGGAUGAGGAUUAUAAAAAAUUUGAUGAAAUGUUAAGCAAACAAAAUAUUGAAAAAUUUGGAAAAGGAGACUGUACAGGUAGUCGACAUAAAUGUCCACUGGGUCCAUGGUGUUGCGACGACUUUGGUAACGCUAGAAAUUGUCUGCAUUCACCGUGUGGAGGAGUUUGUUGCCCUGAAAAUUGGACAUGUGGUACCAAACAAUUUGGUCUAGAUGAUUUGAAUAUACAAAAUCAAGGCUAUUAUUGUAAAAAUGAUGCUGAAACUAAUGGUGAUCAAUUUGAUGAUCAAGGAGGUCAAUUCGGUUAUCUAGGAGGUCAAGGUGGAGAUCAAGGAGGUCAAGGUGUAGAUCAGGGAGGUCAAGAGGGAGGUCAAGUUGAAAAGUAA